UCAUGGCACAUACCGAAUCCACGGUCAUGACUUUGGCGGUGACCACCACGCCGACGUCAGAUCUAGCUCUCACUAAUCUUGCAUAUUGCUCUCCGUCUGAUCUCCAUUGCUUCGCCGUUCCGGGAGCCAUCGAUCUCUUUUUAGCUAACGUGGGAGAAGUCUUUGUUUUAUCAAUCUCUGGACAUGAGAGUAUUUCUGAUGGAAGCAUUGCUCUGAAUUCGAUUCAACGACGACAUGCUAGAGUUUCUGCUGGUGACAUUGUUUCUCUAACAAGAUUUAUUCCUCCUGAAGACUUCAGCUUGACUGUUUUGACAGUUGACUUAGAAUAUGUAAGAAAAGGGACCAGAAACGAACAGAUCGAUGCUACUCUCCUCUCAACUCAACUGAAGAGUAAAUUCAUUAACCAGGUCCUGACAGUAGGCCAGAGAGUUGCAUUUGAGUAUCAUGGAACUAAUUACAUUUUUACGGUCAAUCGAGCUGUUGUAGAGGCUGAUGAUGUGAACCAAACUAGUGGUAUCGAAAGAGGGAUGAUUUGUAAGGAUACAUAUUUUGUGUUUGAAGCAUCAAAUGCAAGUGGCAUAAAGAUUGUCAACCAACGAGAAUCUGUUACAAGCAAGAUAUUUAAAGAAAAGGAGUUUAACCUUCAAUCGCUCGGUAUAGGUGGUUUAGGUGCAGAGUUUGUUGCUAUAUUUCGAAGAGCUUUUACUUCUCGUAUACUUCCUCGCGAUGUUAUGAACAGAAUUGGGGCAAAGCAUGUCAAAGGAAUGCUUCUUUUUGGACCUCCCGGUACUGGCAAGACCUUGAUGGCACGCCAAAUUGGAAAAAUGCUGAAUGGAAAGGAGCCAAAGAUUGUUAAUGGUCCUGAAGUGCUAAGCAAGUUCGUCGGCGAGACAGAAAAGAAUGUAAGAGACCUGUUUGCUGAUGCUGAAAAUGACCAGAGAACACUUGGUGAUGCUAGUGAGCUACAUAUCAUUAUUUUCGAUGAAAUUGAUGCUAUUUGUAAGACAAGAGGGUCAACCAGGGAUGGGACAGGUGUCCAUGAUGGUAUUGUAAACCAGCUCCUGACAAAGAUAGAUGGUGUUGAGGCUUUGAACAAUGUUUUACUAAUUGGAAUGACAAAUAGAAAAGAUAUGCUUGAUGAAGCUCUUUUAAGGCCUGGAAGAUUAGAGGUUCAUAUUGAGAUUAGUCUACCCGAUGAAGUUGGACGCUUACAAAUUCUUCAGAUUCAUACAAAGAAAAUGAAGGAUAAUUCUUUUCUUUCUCCCAAUGUCAAUCUCCAAGAACUUGCUGCUAGGACAAAGAACUACAGUGGUGCUGAGCUUGAAGGUGUAGUGAAAAGUGCAACAUCAUAUGCUCUCAAUAAACAACUGAGCAUGGAAGAUCUAACAAAGCCUGUGGAUGAAGAAAAUAUUAAAAUUACUAUGGAUGAUUUUCUUCAAGCAUUACUCGAGGUUAAGCCUGCAUUUGGAGCCUCUUCGAACGAUCUUGAACUCUGCAGGCCUCAGGGAUUUGUGGAUUGUGGUGAUCGGCAAAAGCUCAUCUACGAAAAAGUCAUGUUUCUUGUUGAGCAAGCUAAAGUCAACGAAAGAAGUCGUCUAAGCACUUGCCUUCUUUAUGGACCUAGUGGAAGUGGGAAAACUGCCUUGUCGGCGACCAUUGGCAUCGACAGUGACUUCCCAUAUGUCAAAAUAGUAUCUGCACAGUCUAUGAAUGGCCUUCAUGAGAGCAAAAAAUGUGUACACAUUACCAAGGUCCCUAGCUUUUUAAAGCUUUCCAGUUUCUUUUAUUUUNGUUUAUUUAUUCCUCCUGAAGACUUCAGCUUGACUGUUUUGACAGUUGACUUAGAAUAUGUAAGAAAAGGGACCAGAAACGAACAGAUCGAUGCUACUCUCCUCUCAACUCAACUGAAGAGUAAAUUCAUUAACCAGGUCCUGACAGUAGGCCAGAGAGUUGCAUUUGAGUAUCAUGGAACUAAUUACAUUUUUACGGUCAAUCGAGCUGUUGUAGAGGCUGAUGAUGUGAACCAAACUAGUGGUAUCGAAAGAGGGAUGAUUUGUAAGGAUACAUAUUUUGUGUUUGAAGCAUCAAAUGCAAGUGGCAUAAAGAUUGUCAACCAACGAGAAUCUGUUACAAGCAAGAUAUUUAAAGAAAAGGAGUUUAACCUUCAAUCGCUCGGUAUAGGUGGUUUAGGUGCAGAGUUUGUUGCUAUAUUUCGAAGAGCUUUUACUUCUCGUAUACUUCCUCGCGAUGUUAUGAACAGAAUUGGGGCAAAGCAUGUCAAAGGAAUGCUUCUUUUUGGACCUCCCGGUACUGGCAAGACCUUGAUGGCACGCCAAAUUGGAAAAAUGCUGAAUGGAAAGGAGCCAAAGAUUGUUAAUGGUCCUGAAGUGCUAAGCAAGUUCGUCGGCGAGACAGAAAAGAAUGUAAGAGACCUGUUUGCUGAUGCUGAAAAUGACCAGAGAACACUUGGUGAUGCUAGUGAGCUACAUAUCAUUAUUUUCGAUGAAAUUGAUGCUAUUUGUAAGACAAGAGGGUCAACCAGGGAUGGGACAGGUGUCCAUGAUGGUAUUGUAAACCAGCUCCUGACAAAGAUAGAUGGUGUUGAGGCUUUGAACAAUGUUUUACUAAUUGGAAUGACAAAUAGAAAAGAUAUGCUUGAUGAAGCUCUUUUAAGGCCUGGAAGAUUAGAGGUUCAUAUUGAGAUUAGUCUACCCGAUGAAGUUGGACGCUUACAAAUUCUUCAGAUUCAUACAAAGAAAAUGAAGGAUAAUUCUUUUCUUUCUCCCAAUGUCAAUCUCCAAGAACUUGCUGCUAGGACAAAGAACUACAGUGGUGCUGAGCUUGAAGGUGUAGUGAAAAGUGCAACAUCAUAUGCUCUCAAUAAACAACUGAGCAUGGAAGAUCUAACAAAGCCUGUGGAUGAAGAAAAUAUUAAAAUUACUAUGGAUGAUUUUCUUCAAGCAUUACUCGAGGUUAAGCCUGCAUUUGGAGCCUCUUCGAACGAUCUUGAACUCUGCAGGCCUCAGGGAUUUGUGGAUUGUGGUGAUCGGCAAAAGCUCAUCUACGAAAAAGUCAUGUUUCUUGUUGAGCAAGCUAAAGUCAACGAAAGAAGUCGUCUAAGCACUUGCCUUCUUUAUGGACCUAGUGGAAGUGGGAAAACUGCCUUGUCGGCGACCAUUGGCAUCGACAGUGACUUCCCAUAUGUCAAAAUAGUAUCUGCACAGUCUAUGAAUGGCCUUCAUGAGAGCAAAAAAUGUGUACACAUUACCAAGGUCUUUGAAGAUGCAUACAAAUCACCACUGAGCAUAGUUAUCCUUGACGAUAUUGAAAGGCUCUUGGAGUACACCGAAAUUGGACCACGAUUUUCAAACGAAAUUCUUCAUACAUUGUUGAACUUCCUCAAACAGUCUCCUCCACGGGGAAGCAAACUUGUUGUACUUGGUACAACCAGUGAAGUAGCGUUCUUAAAAUCUGUUGGUUUGCGUAAAGCUUUCUCUGUUACAUACAAUGUUCCAUUAUUGAAGACACAGGAUGUUCAGAAGGUGCUAAAGCACUUAAACGUGUUCUCAGAAGAUGAUAUGGAAGAAGCUUCGGAGGCCCUUGACGAUACUCCAAUUAAGCAGCUAUACCUUCUUAUGGAGAUGGCAGCUCAAAGAGAUGGCAAGUCCAAAAAGCCGAUCUACAACAGGAAGGAAAAACUCAACAUAAGUCAUUUCUUAGAUUGUCUUCAAGAAGUUACCGACGACAUAUGAAAUUUCCGUUAAUUUAAGACAUAUAUAUAUAGUUCAUGCAUAUGUCUAAUGAAAUCUUACU